AUGAAGUCUGAGCUUCUGCUGCUAAUUGUUUUUUUCCUCUGUGUGGAAAGCAAGCCUUUCCACAGCACACUGAGGAGGAAACAUAACAAACUGCUGCUAAUAUCUUUUGAUGGUUUCAGAUGGAACUAUGAUGAAGAUGUGGACACACCAAAUAUGGACCAGUUGGUAAAAGAGGGUGUGAAGGCAAAAUACAUCACGCCGCCCAUGAUUACCAUGACAUCUCCAUCACACUUCACUACUAUUACAGGGCGAUGGAUAGAAGAUCAUGGUGUUGUCCAUAACUUGAUGUUUAAUUCCACAUCUCUUCUGAAAAUAACUCAUAAGGCAACUCUGAAACGAUCCGAGUGGUGGGAUAAUGGAGCGUUGCCUUUGUGGAUUACAGCACAGAAUCAGGGUCUUAAGACUGCAUCUUAUUUCUAUCCUGGUGGGGGAGUGAACUACAGUGGGCAGGCUGUGGACAGAUCCCUGGUAGAGGAAUACGGUCACCCUGAUGAUAAUGAAACCGAGUGGCGCCAGAAAAUCGACACAGUUAUGGAAUGGUACACCAAAGAAGACUUUGACUUUGUCACUCUUUACUAUGGGGAACCCGACAAUGUGGGCCAUAUGGUGGGACCAGAGACGCCCGAGAGAAGGAAGAUCAUUGAGCAGAUUGACCGCACAAUUGGGUAUCUAAGAACAUCGAUCCAAAAGCACAAUUUAGCUGAUAGCCUCAAUGUCAUCAUCACGUCAGAUCAUGGCAUGACCACCAUUAAGAAGAGCCCAGAUGUUAAGGAAAUCAAACUCUCUGAGUACAUGAAUUUCCUGCAGUUAUCUCACUUUGACCUACUGGACUAUGGUGGAUUUGGCAUGAUAAGACCCAGGAAAGGCAAAGAGCAGGACGUCUAUGAUGCGCUGAAGAAUGCCCACCCAAAUUUAACCGUCUACAAGAAAGAAGAGAUUCCUGAACACUUUCACAUUGCGAAAAACAGUAGAAUCCAAGAUAUUGUUCUUAUUGGAGACUUAGGCUUCAAUUUGAACUCGAGGAUUAUCUUGUAUGUGAACAAAGGAGACCAUGGCUUCAAUAAUCAGGAAAUGGACAUGAAAAUGAUAUUUAGAGCAUUUGGACCAGAUUUCAAGAAAAAUUUCUUAGCUGAGCCUUUCGACAGUGUCAGCAUCUACCCACUGAUGUGCAAGCUGCUGGGUGUAAACCCAGCCCCGAACAACGGCACCCUCAGCGACACUGAACGCAUGCUUGUGGAGAACUUUGGUGCUUCAACAACAGCAACCCCUCAAACUGCAUUUACAACACCUGCUGCCACUACAAUCCAGGGAGAAGGUGGACAUGCUGGAAGAAUACAGAUGUCUGUCAGUCUUUUGGCGAUCAUGAUACUAAUCCUGUCCCUCAUUUGACCUGUGUCACAUCUGGUUUAUAGCAGUAAAUGUUAAGC